CAAUUUCAUACUUAGCAUUAGUCAGCACAUCACGUGCUAGGAGAGGCCAUUCUUAUGGCCGGUCUUCGGGACACAUAGAAUCACAAUAUCAUCAUAAUCGCCUCAUGAAUAACAGCCCCUUGCAAUAAUCGUGACAAUUUGGGGGUCUUGCCCGAGACCAAGGCAGGCGCAAAAGUUACGAGGCAGAAGAGUUGAGCAGAAUCGGCGCCAGAGAAGUGCAGUGUGAGGAACGGUGCAGUGUGCAUCAGAAAGCAGUGAGAAACAGCAGUCACAGGGUCAGCAAUCGCAGUGAGCGGUAGAAGAUCAAGUCAAAAACGGUGCAGGAAGCAAGAACCAGCAAGGGAAAAGACAUUGAGCCAGAGACAGAGCAGCGUUGCGGACUAUGCAUUCAUGCACGCCAAUUGUCCAUCAUUCACAUAUUGAUUGCGAGGUGCCAACCAGUAUGGCAAGUGCUCCAAGCAGUCAGGAGCGCUUACCUCAAGGCGUCCGAAAAGGGCAGAGUGAGCCAAUUCGGAGAAUGGUGAUUGGUGGUUGGUACAAGCGAGCCAAUCGAGACUUGAGAAUUGUCAGCAGAACCAGACUGAGAAGGCACCACCUGAUGUUGGAGCAGCCAACGGAAAAAGGAAGCGUGUUUACUCGAGAAGACUUAACAAGAUCAUCAUCAGAGUCAGAUGCAAGCUUUCAGAAGAUAGGCAAACAAACCAAACGUUACGGCAAGUCUUCAGGAAGAAAAGUUACAAAACACAAUCAAGCAGUCGAAAGAAUCAUUGAGUGCAUGAUUCCGAGAGUACUGCAAGUUGUCGAGAGAGGAAUUCAACUGCUUGUGGCUAGUCUUCAGAGCCAGCAAGUAAUUCAGUGCAAGUGUAGCAAGCGGCCAGAGACAAGAGAGUUUGUACCAGCCUCAGACAUUAGAGCUCUCUCGGAGUCUGGCGAAAGCGACACAAGCACCUUAAUGGACAGUGAACCAACGGCACCUCAAGUCCCAGUGCCAGAAACACCCAUCAGUUUACACAUUACCGAGAAAGAUCCCCGUCUCCGGAGUCAGUUUCAGAGUUUAAUCCUGAGCCGGAAAUCAGUCAACUGUCAUUCCCAGAAGCGUUUCCGGAAUUCUUCAACAUGUCCGCGUACCCAAGCGGAGGACCUGCCACAAGGGCACCAGGCGAUCGUCAAGCUUUCCUUGAGGAAGCUCGAAGGAUUAACAGACGAGACCUAACGGUGGAAAAGUUUACAAAUGCCCCCGCCCAAGACAUCCAGGCGUUUGUCGAUUCCAUCUCAUGGAAGCAUGGGAUCACCAGAGCUGAGUGGGACAACAUGUACACAGACAGCCAGAACGAGUUGGAUGAGAUGCUUCUGUUGUAUCUAUACCAGAAGCUGGACGGUGAGCCUGCGCGCUGGUGGGCAACAUUGACGAAGGAUGCCAAGAUCAAUUACAAGAAAGUCACGACCAUGUUGGUGGCACGGUACGGCAAAGAUGAGGCUCGUCAGAAGAAGAAUUUGCGACACAGAGUAGCAAAUGAGUUGAAUGGCCUUCGUCAAGGAAAUCGGAGUUUGGGCGAGUACAUCGCAUACGCCAAAGACUUGCAUUUACGUGUCACUCCUGAGCAAGAAACCAUUCUCAUCGAUAACUUCAUUAACAACCUUGCUGACGAAGGAUUCGCUGACAUGCUCCGUGGCUGGUACUCCCAGGAGGAGAUGGAUUUCCUCCAAGUUAUUGAUAUGGCUAUCAAUAUGAAGGGUCCUCGAUAUGUCGAAACAAAGCCAGCACAUGAGGAUACGGCUGAAGACUCGCGCAAUGCCAACCGAUUGCUACGCAGCCUUGCGAGUGCAGUUGAAAGAAAUGCCACAGGGUCUUCGAACUCUUAUGGACAGUCUUCCUACGGCCAACCGUUUCAGAGAUCCCCUUCCCGAGGAGGUCGCAAUAGGUCCGCACCGCGUGGUGGAUACCAGCCUCCCCAAACCGAGUAUCAGGAGCACCAACCAUAUGGCCGUGUGCGUCAGCCCCAGCCAGAGUUUCCGCCCACUCAAUUGUCUCAAUCACAGUUUCAAGUUGUUCACUACGAAACACAAGGGCAGUCCACUGGAAUGAAUAAUUCUGCUCGAGGAAAUCACCAACCGAGAGGCGCCUCUUCCUCAGGUCGGAACCAGAAUGCUUCGCACCAUCCGCAGGGCCCAGAGCAAUGGCCGCGAUCUCGUCAAGGGGGAUAUCAAGGAGCACCACAGUCACAGCCACAGUCAAAUACCAAGUCUUCAAUUCAGUGUUUCAAUUGUGCUAGGUACGGCCAUUAUUCCACUGAUUGUACAUAUGCUCGUGCCACGUUUGAGGAACGGCAAUCUGCAAGAGAUCAAGCAUCCACCGCGCGCCCAGCUCCAACUCCGGGCAGCUCUGACGGAUACCGCGCAAACAAUAUGCAGCCAAGACCUAUGGAUGCUCCCCCAUACGGAGGUCGAACAGCUGGAAACGUCGCCCCAGUAUCCGCCCUUACAUGGGAGGAUUAUGACACCCGCAAUGUCAACGGGGUAUCUCUCAUGGGCAAUCGGUGGGAUGAUCGUGAUUAUGACCCAAGCUGGUAUGGCCAAGAAAGUGACUUCUCUGGGCCCGGACAGCUGUCGUUUUCAGGAAGUGUGCAUGUGUUUCGCGAAUCAGAGAAUCAACAUGAGGCGAAUGCUGCCCCUGCCGAAGUUGCUAUGGCAGAAAAGCGCAAGGCCCCGCGCGCUCCUCAUGAUGCCCGACGUCCUGAAUCUGCGCAAGUUCCUCUUGUGCCAGGCGUUCAAUGGAAGCCCCGAUCUAAGAAAGGAACAGGAAUCGAAACUCUUGUAGGUGCUCGACCAAUCCGGGCGAUUGGUGAAGAACCACCGUACAAUGUGUGGAAGGAUCUCCACGAGCGCAGGCCACAACCCGAUAUAUCAUACCCCCAGCUCAUAAAUGUGUCCUCAACGAUUCGUGCUCAGAUCGCAUAUGGCACGACCAUGCAACAGUUGAAGAGCAGUCACAGACACAACGAGGGGACGGUCGGCCACCACCUCCAACUGUGUCUGAUGAAGUGGAUGGUCUCGAGAGACCUCUCGCGAAGAUGCGUGCGCGUCGCAUCCAAGAUGGUGUUCUUGUGCACAGUGCGAGUGAAAUCAAGGCGCGCGAUCAACCUCGCCAGAAUGCCAACUGGUUGCGAUUUGAUCAAGGACCUCCUCCUCCAUGUUUUUAUACAGCCUGCCGAGUCCGUUCCAUUGAACAAGACAACGAAGACUUCGAAAUUUCACAAGUGUUGUUAGAUGGCGGAUCUUCCAUUGAACUUAUCAACGCCAAAGUUGCAGAGCAGCUAGAUUCACCAUGGCAUCAGGACACCACGGGUUUGCGCAUGCGAACAGCAGAUGGAGCUGUACAUGCAUUAACGCAAUACGUUUUACUUCCUGUUAAGGUUGCUGGCAUUGAAUGGAUUCUCAAAUUCUUCAUUGUUUAUGGCACCACGAGUUACAACAUGCUCCUCGGCAGAGGCUGGCUUCACCAAGUAGGAGCCAUAGGUGACUAUUCCACCAACGACUACUACAUUUUUGACUCUGCCAAACGCCCCCGCAAAGUUCCUAAAGUUGUCGACGUUCAACUGCCAGUGUCACUUCGAGUUCACCUUGAUGAUCAACACUUGGGUCAUUACCGAAACUCGGGAGGAGAACCUGAACACUCGCUCAAGUACCCACUAGAUGCUUCCAUUCCUCUCGAAGCAUUCACCACGGCGCCAACCCUUCUACAACCUGCUUCACUUGACAGUGAUGAUGAGGACGACGAUGCACGGAUGACAGAACUCGCAGAACGAUUUGCGAAAACUGCAUUGUUAGAAUCCACUCAUCCUGAGUACGAACAGGAAGAUCCGCGCAUUGCACAAUUUCUCGCUGCGCUCAAGCAGUCGGGAAAUGGGGACGGGGACAGGUACCCGGAGAACCUGGUUCCCAUCUAAAACACAUCCGGAAUGGGCAUAAUAUGGGCCAUGGUGAUGGAUGUGCGCGCAUGUCGCGAUGCCGGGACCGAGCGGGGGAAGUGGGGGAGA